AAUAUUUGACUGUCAGAAACUGCCCCAACUUGUCUAUCUCUAUCUCAUACACUGAAUCCACCCAGAGAACUUUCUUGCAAAAUUCAUCCAAACAAAUAAUUAAGAUGUAAUAAACCCUCUUAUAUAUAUAUAUAUAUAUAUGAUCUCGAUCUCUUUCUUGGUUGCUUUCUUUCUUCAAAUCAGAGAUCAAAAACCCUCUCUCUCUCUCUCUCUCUCUCUCUCUCUCUCUCUCUCUCUCUCUCUAUAUAUAUAUAUAUAUAUGUUGUGUUCAUUUAGGUUUUCAAGAUUUGGGAAAUUAAAAGCUGAUCAAAAAGAGAAGAAGGGGUUUUGUUUUCAAGAAGAUAUAGGUAUUCUUCUGAAUGCACAGAUUGAUUCUUCUUCAGCCUGCAAAUCUCAGAGCCAUUGCAUUUUUUAAGACAAGAAGCAUUGCUUCACCAUACUCUUCAACGCCAAAUUAUUCAUCGGCCGUGCCGCCACCGCCAUCGUCGUCGCACUCGCCGUGACACAACUACGUAAUCCCGACAAAAAUCGCCCCAACCGCGGCUAAAUUAAAUGAGCAUUGCGAAAGCCCCGGCGACGAGGUUGGCAUUGUCGAAAGGCGGCUUCAUCAACCUUAAAAAUCAGUACGCCAACGGCGGAGCAAAGGAUGUAAGAAUCGCGCCAAACAACGGGCUCGACCGAAGGCCAUCGAGCAUUGCGCAGUUCAUAGAAUCGAAGAAACUUGAAUUAUGCAAACCGAGAGGGAGAGCGAUAUUCCGGUACUUUCCGGUGGAAUCGCUCUGCCUGCUCGUUUGCCUCACGGCGUCGUUGCUUAUAUUACCGUUGAUUCUCCCGCCGCUCCCUCCUCCGCCGUCGUUGCUGCUGCUCCUCCCGAUUUUUAUCUUGGCGCUCCUCAUGUUCUUGGCUUUCAUGCCCUCCGACUCCCGUAAGGCCACCUACGCGUACGCCUAAACGGGUAACGGUGUGCAAUUUUGGCGCUGUAAGUGACAUCUCUUAUUGUUUCGAUUCUUUAAAAAGAUAUGUUUGAAAAUAGUCUUGUAUCUCACUUAUUGUCGUUCUAACGAUACUGAUUCUACGCGUUUAAAGCGAUUAUAAGUGAAAUACAAUACUAGUUUUAGAUAUAAUCGAA